AUGGACCUCAAGAAUUUGAUAAUAGGAAUAGUAUUCUUAUUUCAGACUACAGUUGGAAUUCUUGGAAAUGUCUCUCUUGUUUCCUGCUAUCUCAGCCAUUACUAUAUUGAACAUACAAUAAAGAAGACAAAUUUGAUUCUUGUACACCUAUUUACAGCCAACUUUUUGAUCCUUCUUUCUAAAGGACUGAUUCAUACAAUGCAAACUUUUGGGAUAAAAGGAUUUAUCAAUGAUUUUGUUUGCAAAUUACUUUUGUAUAUUCAAAGAUUGGGUAGAAACAUGUCCAUUAGUACAACCUGCUUCUUGAGUGUCUUUCAGGCAAUCACCAUCAGUCCUAGAAGCUCUUUUUUGAUGAGCCUUAAAGUCAAAGCUCCAAGUCAUAUUUGUCUCUUCACUUCUUUUUGCUGGAUUCUUUACAUGGCUUUAAAUAUGAUUUUUCCUCUUUAUAUGUAUAGCAAGGAGAAUAGAAAUAACAUGACAUAUAAAAAUAAUUUGAAAUACUGUUCCAUUGUAGUUCAUGAUGACUUUAUAAGCUCAUUAUAUACUGCAAUUUUUGUUCUUCCUGAAAUUUUGUUUUCUUUCAUUAUCAUCGGGUCCAGCAGCUUCAUGGUCGUCAUUCUCUAUAUGCACAAACAAAGCAUUCAACAUAUCCACAGCAUCACUGUUUGCUCCAGAACAUCCCCUGAGUCCAGAGCUACCCACAGGAUACUGGUCCUAGUGUCAACCUUUAUAGGUUUUUAUUCACUUUCUUCCAUCUUACAAGGUUGCAUUGCUCUUGUAUAUAAUCCUGGUUGGUGGCUGUUGAACAUCACGGCAAUCAUUUCUAUGUGUUUUCCUACAUUGGGACCUAUUGUGAUAAAUCAUGACUCAACUUUCCAAAGAUUAUGCUUUCCCUGA